AUGCUUUAAAUACAACAACUUUGUUAAGACUCUAAUUUAUCAUGUGGAAGAGGGAUUUUUAUUGGAAUUUAUGCAGGAUUAAUUUUUGGCAUUUCAAUCUAUUGUUUAAUAAAGCUUUAUGGAUUUAUGGGUAGAAUUUCAUAUGAAAUGAUUCCUUUGACAACAUGUGCAAUUCAAUCUUGUUUACAUUUUAUAAAUGACAUAUUUUUAGUGACGAAUUCAUUAUAAAUCGUCAUUAUUUACUUUUGUUUACAAACAUUCAUAUUGAUAUCUUAAAGCUUUUUCCAUUUAUACUAUAAAAUGACGUACUCUAAAGAUGAAUUUUAAGAAUAUCGAUUAAAAUAAAAGUAUAGUUUGAUAAUAUUUUACAUUCUGUUUACAUCAAUAAUCAUAUUAUAUUUGAUUUAAAUAGAUGAUAAUAAUUGUUUAGUCUAUUUUGAUGUUGGAUUAACUUUAUAAUUUAUAAUCAUUUUAUUUAGUGUUUUCAUAUCAAUAUUAUAUGGUUAGAAAUUAAAAGAUGAAAUGAAAAAACAUGAAUAAACUAAUGUAACAAAAAUUGCAAAUUAUUAAACAACAGCUGUUUAAAUAGUAUUGACAACUUCUGCAAUUUUGGAAUUUAUUUUAUCAAUUUUAUCACUUACAACAUUUUAGGGAUUAUUUUGUAAUUUACCAUUAAAUAAUCUUAACAAUGAAGGAUUUACAUCAGGAGAGAAUGUAUAUUUAACGUUUUUCUCAAUGAUUGAAAUGACUCCUUGUAUAUUAGUACCAAUUAUUUUUUUUUAUUUGCCAUAAAUACCAUAAUAACAAAGUCAAUAACAUGAAUUUAAUCUAAAUGAUGCCUUAAUAUAGUAAUCUGCAAGAUAAUCAUUAGAUUUUAGUAAUUUAAUAAAUAUGUCUAUUGAAUUGAAAUAAUGA